UUAUCAUUCGAAGAAAAAUGGGGAGAGGAAUUUAUAUAUAUAUAUAUAUGGAGAGAGGGUGUAGCUAGGGAGGUAAAUGAGCAGUGUGAUGGAGAUCCAACUUUUGUGUUCAGGGGGACGUCACGAGAAGUUGCCGGAGAAGUAUGAACGGCCUGAAUCGGAUAGGCCGCGGCUGUCGGAGGUGUGUUGUUGGGACAAGGUUCCAAUAAUCGACUUGGGAUGCGAGGAGAGAGAGAUGAUUGUGAAGCAAGUGGAGGAGGCCUGCAAGUCUUACGGCUUUUUCCAGGUUAUAAAUCAUGGUGUGAGGAAGGAAUUGGUGGAGAAAGUGAUAGAAGUUGGCAAGCAGUUCUUUGAGCUGCCGAUGGAGGAGAAGUUGAAAUUUUAUUCAGACGACCCUUCCAAGACCGUCAGACUCUCCACAAGUUUCAAUGUCCGGAAAGAGCAAUUUCGCAACUGGAGGGAUUAUCUCAGACUCCAUUGCUAUCCUCUCUCCAACUACACCCCCCAUUGGCCCUCUAACCCACCAUCCUUCAGGGAAAUAGUGAGUAGUUAUUGCAAUGAAGUACGAAAAGUUGGGUACAGAAUAGAGGAGCUAAUAUCGGAGAGCUUGGGGCUGGAGAAGGAAUACAUAAGGAAGAAGUUGGGUGAACAAGGUCAGCACAUGGCUAUAAAUUAUUAUCCGCCAUGUCCCCAACCAGAACUCACCUACGGGCUCCCUGGCCAUACGGAUCCCAACGCACUCACCAUUCUCCUUCAGGAUCUCCAUGUCGCCGGCCUCCAAGUCCUCAAAGAUGGAAAGUGGCUAGCGGUCAACCCCCACCCCAAUGCCUUUGUAAUCAAUAUAGGCGACCAAUUGCAGGCAUUGAGCAAUGGGGUGUACAAGAGCGUUUGGCACCGAGCGGUGGUCAAUGUUGAUAAGCCCAGGCUGUCGGUCGCUUCUUUUCUCUGCCCUUGUGAUGACGCCCUCAUUACUCCUGCACCGCUCCUCUCCCAGCCUUCCCCCAUUUACAGACCUUUCACCUACGCCCAGUACUACAAUACUUUUUGGAGCAGAAACUUGGAUCAACAACAUUGCUUGGAACUAUUUAAAAACCACCCUCCUUAAAAAAAAAACAAAAAAGAUUCUCUCUCUCCAUCUCUUUUAUCCUUUAAUUAUUACGUCUUCCUAAUAAAGGCAAGUGGAUAAACUUUUUGGCCCAAUCUGGUCUUGCCCUCUUUGUUGAUGAAACGCCGACGCUUCGAACGUUGGGGGUGUAUUAAAUUAGAAGAAUUUUUAGCACAAUAGCAAAAGUUCCAUUAUUUACCUAAACUCUUCAACUGUUGGAAUUAUAGUUGAAUAAGUAAUUUGGACCCUUUGGUAGA